AUGGAUAUAAGAAAGCGACCAUUACUAAAAGUAAUUCUUUUGGGAGAUAGCGGUGUUGGAAAGACUUCCCUAAUGAAUCAGUAUGUCCAUAGAAAAUUUAGCGAUGCCUAUAAAGCAACGAUUGGGGCCGAUUUUUACACUAAGGAUGUAACCGUGGAUGGUAAGAUUGUUACUUUACAAAUAUGGGAUACUGUAGGUCAAGAACGCUUCCAGUCUUUGGGAAUAGCAUUUUAUAGAGGCGCAGAUUGCGUUGUUUUGGUUUACGAUGUUUCUUCGCCAGCGUCUUAUCAUUCUUUAGAGGUAUGGAAAGAUGAAUUUCUCAUACACGGAGCACCAAGAGAUCCAAGAAACUUUCCAUUUGUUGUAAUAGGAAAUAAAAUUGACCUCGGUAGCAGGAUUUGUUGCAAAGACCAAAUUCAAGAAUUGCUUUUAUGCGAUUAUACUGUACCCUGUUUUCAAGCUAGUGCCAAAGAUGGAACUAAUAUCGAUGAGGCUUUCCAAAUGGUUGCAAAAAUGGCUCUUUCCUUGGAAAAAGAAGAUGAACUGAUCAAUUCUGUUCCUGAAGCAAUACGCUUCAGAAGAGAUGAAGGAAAAUCUUUCAACUGUACAUGCUAG